AUGUUCGCGGCCCCUCUCCGCGUCGGGGCUUCCUCGACUGCGCUUCUCGGCCUGCGGCAAGGUGCUUCGGCCCCGAUGGGACACCUCAGCCUGGCCCACUUGUCUGCGGCAGCACUACACAACGCCAGGUCCUAUUCGCAAGCUUCCAGAACUUCCAUAGGUCAAGCCCCUCUUUCGCCGUCACGGACAUGCACUAGCCCGUCGAUCUUUGCCUCCGCUCGUCCCGGUCAGCCGCAGCUCUCGCUCCUCUUUCGCAAUGCCGCCGCCGCCGCCUCUGCGGCCUCGAGAUGCAACAGCUCCCACGCCCGCAACGAUACCACGCGCACCUCUGCCAAUUCCUCCCAGCCUGUCAAGCCUGCCCCACAAUCCUCAUCGACCCUGAAGCAGGCAGAGAGCGCAGUCGAUGCCGCCGCCGCAAAGGUCGAGGCAUCGUCCUCGUCGCCCUCGUCGGCCUCGCUCGCUUCCCGGUUGGGCAACGCCAUCAAGGCACGGCUGCAGGAGCAGAUGGCAAAGUCGGCGCCAAAGACAAAGGACGGCACUCAGUCGCCCACACCCGUCGCCACUUUCCCAGACAUGAAGCGGCUCAUCGGCCUCGCCAUGCCACAGAAGCGCACCAUGCUCAUCGCCCUCGCCCUCCUCCUCGUCUCGUCGUGCAUCUCGCUCACCAUCCCCGCUGCCAUCGGCCGCGUCAUCGACUUCUUCACCUCUGGCCAGUCAAGCCUGUUUGGCUUCAGCUUCGGCACCGUCGCCUUUGGCAUGCUCUUCGUCUUUGCCAUCGGCGCGGGCGCAAAGGCCGGCAGCAACAUCCUCCUCGAGCUCGCCGGCGUCCGCGUCGUCCAGGGCAUCCGCGGACAGGCGUACCGCAGCGCGCUCCGGCAGGACGUCGAGCUGGCCGACAAGGGCGCCGGCGACACCGUCAGCCGCCUCAGCGUCGACACCAACAUUGUCGGCGACUCGCUCACCUCGGACAUUGGCGACGGCCUGCGCGCCGGCGUCACCGUCAUCUUUGCCGGCACCGCCAUGUUCCUCCUCUCUGCCAAGCUGACGCUCCUCAUGAUGGCCGUGGUCCCGCCCGCCGCCAUCGGCGCCGUCUUCUACGGCCGCUACCUCCGCGACCUCACCCACAAGACCCAGGACGCCGUCGGAGCCAUGACGCGCCUGGCCGAGGAGCGCCUCUCGCCGCCCGCCUUCCGCACACUGACCAGCUUCAACACGCAGCGCCAGGAGGCCAAGCGCUUUGACGCCAAGGUGCAAGAUAUCGUGGCGCUGCAGACCAAGGAGGCGUACGCCAGCGGCCUCUUCUACGCCGGCACCGGCUUCGUCGGCAACUGCGCCAUCCUCACGCUCCUCACCUACGGCGGCCACCUGGCCAGCCGCGGCGAGAUCUCGGUGGGCGACCUGACGUCGCUGCUCAUGUACACGGCCUACCUGGGCGGCGGCAUGAUCAGCCUCACGUCGUUCUUUGCCAGCGUCAUGAAGGGAGUCGGUGCGGGCGCGCGCGUGUUUGAGCUCAUCGACCGCGAGUCCAACGUCCGCCUCGGUGCCGGCGACCCGCUGCCGGUCCCGGCAUCGUCGUCGUCGUCGCCGUUGAGCUCGGCGCGGUCCAAGACGCACUCGCUGCCGAUCCGGUUUGACAACGUGCACUUCAGCUACCCGUCGCGCCCGCAGCAAAAGAUCCUCGACGGCGUGUCGCUCAGCAUCGAGCCGGGCAAGUCGUACGCCCUGGUCGGCGGGAGCGGCGCGGGCAAGUCGUCGGUGCACGCGCUGCUGCUGCGGUACUACGACCCGGACUCGGGCAGGAUCCUGCUGGGCAACCGCGACUUGAGGGAGCUCAAGGUGGAAGAGGUGCGCAAGGCCAUCGCCGUGGUGCCGCAGGAGCCCGUGCUGUUUGACGGCACGGUCGAGGAGAACAUCACCUACGGCACCGACAAUGCGACGCGCGAGGACGUGGAGCGCGUCAUCCAGAUGGCCGGCUGCGGCUUUAUCCACGACCUGUCCGACGGCCUGGCGACGCGGAUCGGGGCGAGGCAGCUGUCGGGCGGGCAGCGGCAGCGCAUCGCCAUCGCGCGGGCGCUCGUCAAGAACCCGUCGAUCCUGCUGCUCGACGAGGCGACGUCGGCGCUCGACUCGGCGAGCGAGGUGCUCGUCAACCGCGCCAUCGAGGAGAUCAUCCAGAAGGGCGAAAUCACCGUGUGGAUCGUGGCGCACCGCCUCAGCACCAUCAAGAGCGCAAAGAACCUCCAGGUUCUCGAGCGCGGGCGCAUCGUCGAGCAGGGCACCUACGACGAGCUCGACCGGCCCGGCACCCGCUUCCGCAAGCUCAUGGCCGCCCAGCUCGAGGCGGGCGCGGCCGAGAUGGAGCAUGCCGAAGACGAGGACGGCGAGGUCCAGCAGGCCGACGAGACGCAGAGAGAUGUAACGGCGACGUCUCGUCUUGCGGCCCCUUCGUCGUCGUCGUCGUCGCUUGCAUCAGCAACCCAACGACGGGGGUACGCCACGCGCGCCAAAACGCCGCCACCAUCUACCGCCGCCGACGACUCCACGGCCCAUGCCGGAGAAGGGGUGGACGACCUCUGCAUCCCGACGCAGGCGACAUGGAGCGUCUCGAAGCUCAUAUCGGACCAGACGGGCCGGGAAGAGAUGGAUGCUUCGACGCUCCUCAAGCUGUACCGCCUCUCUGCGUUGCAGGCGCCCGCCGCGUCGUCAGCCGAGUUCGAAGAGGUGCGGCGGCAACUGACGGGCCUGAUUGGGCUCGUUCAUGCCGUCCGGUCCGUCCAGCUUCCCCCAAACCACAUCGAGGAGGAGGGAGGGGAGGGGCAGCUGGUGGAUUCCAGAGUCUUGGCUUCGUUGGAGGGUUGGUGUGAUCGUGUUGACCAACCUGAAGUCGAGGUGGGAGAGCAUGUGGAUCGACAGGGUACAGAGGUCCUCGAUCGUGAUGUCCUCCUUGGUGUUUCCGAUGCGGAGGGAGCAAAGGAGGACACAAGUGGGAAGGGCAAGGGGCAGGGACGGUCGUAUGCCGGUUUCUUCGUCGUCGAUCGUACCUAG